UCUUCUUGGGUGCCCUACCUGAGCAGAUGAAUUUGCAGAUGCCGCAGCAGAUGCCUCAGCAAGAGAACUCUGCGGAGGGAAUCAAUGCCUGCUGCAAUUUGCCAGUGGUAGCGGAUCAGAGGCCACUUUUCUGCCAUGCAGCACAGGGUGCAGUCUCUGCUGACACCAGCCAUAGACAUCAGCACUUACCUGCUGGGGAUGUUGCUGCUCACGCACCUCCUCCUCCCUCUGCUGAUGCGGCUCGCUUUCCUUCUGCUCCUUUUGCGUCCUCACAACCAUUGUGGUCCAGAACACUGCUCCUUCCUAUUCCACCAUCACCACUGCCACCUGCUGCUCCUCCCCCUGCUGGUGCUCCUCCCGAUGCUACUCCUGAUACUGUUUAGCUCAUUCUGAGCCAGGGCGACCGUGUAUCAUGGUGCCUAGCCGGCCCCGCUGGCCAUUCCAAGAAUCUUCUAGGGCGACUCCAGUGGGUCUCUCGAUAUAAGUGUUCAAAUUAU